AGUCGGAGAGAAAAGAAGGUGUAAAACUUCUUGAAAAUUGAGAUUAGAAUAGUAACACUCGAAUAUUAAAAAUAGACUUCAGAAUAUCAAGAAUCAACACAAAAGAUACAAGCAAAUGAAUACAAUACAGGCUUGAACGUGCCACUUCUAUUAAAUGAUUCGGAACUGAAUUGGGAUUAUGAAUUCGUCAAGACAGAUAAUACUUGGGGCAAAAUACUCACCUGGUGCAUUUAUACAACAGUGUUUGUUACUGGAUGUAGUGGAAACAUCCUCGUUAUGGUUUUCAUACAUCAGUGUCGACAGCUAAAAGGCGCACCAGCGAUGCUUUUAGUGAGCCUAGCAGUGGCUGACUUUUUAGUGUGUAUUAUAAUAGUUCCCUCGGAGGUUUACUUAUACAAUGUUGAAUACAACUUGGGACCGUUUACUUGCCGAAUCUUCGCCUUUUUAAAUCAACUUGUAUUCACAAUCUCUUCGUUCACUCUAACACUCAUCAGUAUCGAGAGGUUGUACGUUAUAAAACACCCUUUUCAGGCGCGUGCCGUUAUUACAAGAAGACGGGCUAGGUUUAUGAUUGUCGGGAGUUGGUUGAUCGCUGUGUUGUGCUCGAUACCAAACGCAUACAGGCAGGAACAUAUGAUUCAUGUCCAAGGAAUAAAACAAAAGGCAGUGUGUAUUCCUAGCACUAUGCAACCUUGGAAAAAAUUGAACGCCAUAUUCGAUUUCUUGGUUAAAUUUACAAUCCCCGUACUUAUCAUGGCGAUCUCGUACUCAGUCGCUGUUGUAAUUCUCUACAAGAGUACGAGACAGAGCGAACAGUUACAGAGUAUGAACAUGCUAAAUAACAAGACUCGCACCAAUGUGGCAACAAAAACUGAAAUUACCGAUUUGACUAUAAAACCGAUCAAAAGUAAAGCAAAGAAAACUAAAUCGGAAAAACAUCAGGACGAAAGAAAUCAGACAAUCGUUAUGCUUCUUAUUGUUGUUCUGCUGUACUUUAUAACUUGGGGACCAUUUAUGGUAUACCAACUCAUGCGUCGUUUCGACGUUUUUGGUGCACACUAUUAUUUUCAUCCAAGGCUUAUCUUCACAACACUGAAGAUGCUAGGAAUAGGAAACAGUUGUAUCAAUCCAUUUGUCUACGUGUUUACCUUAAAGAGUUUUCGAUCAACCAUAACAACAACUUUGUGUUUCCAUAAAGGACCGAAUUCGACGAAGAAGAGAAUUGUAUGAUAAGGAAAAAUGUUUUAGUAAGAUAAAAUUAAUGAUCACCGUUUUACGAGGAGUAACUUCAAGUCAUUUAAAUGAUGUGUAAACAUAAGUAUAAAGAAACAUCUAAAUUUUCUUGCUAGUCAGAUUGGUUCCAACAAAAAAGGUUUUGCAGCUUGAUAAAAAGUAAGCACAAGUCAAGCCAUUAUCCUUCUGUUAUGUCUCAUAAAGGCACAUCAUCCGUACAAUCAAGUUAUGACCAGGCUGCAGUGUUUAAUUCAUUUUUUUAGACCUCAUAAUCAGGGAAGAUCUGGUAAUGCGUAGUCUUCCUGGUUAUGAUGUCGACAAGUCGACAUUUCUGGUGGAACAAUAUGUUGUUUAAACGGGAACUCUUGAAUGUUAACAUUCACAAAGCUACAGGUUAUGAUCAGAUAAACAACAUCAUUCUUAAGAAUAGGCUUCUGUUUUAAAUUAUCCUUUUACCAAAAAUUUUCAGUUGUUAUUAGACUCCAAAAAUUCCCAUGGCUUUGUUCCGAGAAGGUCCUGUCAAACCAACUUUGCACUGCUUCUUGCUACAGCAUACAAAGUUAUCGAUAGCAAGAAGCAGUGUGAUGUGAUUUACACAGACUUCUCAAAGGCUUUUGAUUCUGUUUAUUUUGAAUUACUUUUUAAAAAAAAUAUUUAAGUUUGGUUCUUCUGAAUCCUUAUUUAACUGGUUUAAUGAUUGUUUAACUGACCGUAAGCAACGUAUAUGUUAUUGAAGACAAUCAUCGGAGUGGUUACCAGUCAUUUUUUGGGUACCACAGGGUCUUAGUUUCUUUAUUUAGGCGUACCCGAAAUAGAAGAUUUUUAAAUCCACCUUCAGUUGUGUUGAUGUUACAUGUAGAGGUUUACUUAAACGUUUAUGUGAUAGUUAUAAUAAGUUUUUUUAUGUCUAAUACUGAUAUUGAUAUUUUUUGGCAGUUUAAGUGUUUUUAAAUCAAGGGGUUAGG